UCUAGCCGCAGUUGCAAGACUGUACUGUCGUAUUUUCAGUCAUGACGCGCAGAGUCCGAAAUGUCGACGUGGAUGACUGGGAUGACGGUUGGGGAGACGACUCUUGGGGGGGCGGCUGGGGAGGCGGUUGGGACGAGGGCUACGCGAAGCCCAAGCCAAAGCCAAAGCCAAAGGCCAAUGUGAUUCCUGGCAUGGCACCUGCCAAGGCCAAAUCCUCUGCCAAAUCUGCGCCAAAGGCGAAACCUGACGCCAAGCCCAAGGCCGAAGCCAAGGCUGAAGCCAAGGCUGUGAAGGAGACGCUUGAGGCAGAGGUAGAGCUUCCGCCGGAAGCUCCACAAGAUGAUCGCCCGACCAUCAGCCUGGUGGUGGUAGGUCACGUGGAUGCAGGGAAGAGUACCUUGAUGGGCCAUUUGCUGUGCCUUGUGGGGCAGGUUUCGUCAAAGCAGCUUCACAAGUUUGAGAAAGAGUCGAAGGAGAUGGGGAAGGCAUCCUUUUUCUAUGCCUGGGUGCUGGAUGAGGGAGACGAUGAACGAUCGCGCGGUGUCACCAUCGACGUGUGCGUGAAACAUUUUAGUACCAAAUCCAGGCAAUUUACCAUCUUGGAUGCACCUGGUCACCGGGACUUUGUUCCGAACAUGGUGCGUGGCGCGGUCCAGGCUGAUGUUGCCAUUCUGGUGGUCGAUGUGAGCCACUUUGAGGCAGGCUUUGACCGUGGUGGACAAACCAAAGAGCAUUUGCAGCUGAUCCGUGCAUUGGGCAUCUCCAAUGUGGUGGUAGCUGUGAACAAACUCGACACGUGCAACUGGGACCAGAAGGUUUUUGAAGAGACCAAGCGGCGAGUCAACGAUUACAUGGUUGGCCCGGAAGUUGGCUUCAAACAGAGCAGUGUGAAUUUCGUUCCGCUCAGUGGCUUCUCUGGCGAGAAUAUGCUAGAAAGAAAGGAACCGAAGCUCUCAUGGUGGACAGGGCCAACUCUUGUGGAGGCCUUGGAUCAAUUGCCACCUCCUCCCCGGCCAUCGAGCACGGCACCUUUAAGGCUGUGUGUGUCAGAUGUUUACCGGUCAGGGGCGAAUACCUGCUUGUCGGGCAAAGUCGUGUCGGGCACCAUUAGUGUCGGCCAGAAGGUUGUUCUGCAGCCAUCCAACGAGCAGACAGUAGUGAAGAGUUUGCAGAUGAGGGACGCGCCCGCGCGUUCUGCAAGAGCGGGUGAUCAUCUUGACUCAGUCCUAGUUCCAGUUGAGCCGCAGUUUGCCUCCAUUGGCGGUGUCAUCAGCGACAGGAGCACGGUGCCUGUGUCUGAUACCCUCCAGGUGCAGAUCUUGGUGUUCGAAACAGAGGUCCCUUUGAUGCGAGGUGCACAGCUGAUGUGCUAUUUGCAUACAGAAACUCUCACAGCAACGCUUGUACGCCUUGAAAAGCUCAUUGUGAAGGGCGAAACUCAAGAUCGGCGGCCCAAGUGCUUAGUCAAGGGCAACAAUGCCAUCGUUUGGUUGCAGCUCAAUGAGAAGGUUUGCGUAGAACCAAAGUCGCAGUCUUCAGCUAUGACGCCGUGUGAUCCCUCAGAAGAAAAAAGCGUAGUCUUGUAGUGAAGAUUUCAUGAUCUCUUUGUUUCACAUAUGUUUUCUCUUUUGUUUUUAUUUGUGUGUGGUUUUUGUUCUCUCUCUCUCUCUCUCCCUCUCAUUUUCUUCUCUGUCUGGCUUUGUUCGUUUUUGCCUCCUUCCAAGCAGAGCAAGAGCCUAGAAUCGUAGAAACCCAGUCAUAGGCUCAGCCGAUUCGUACUCCGUGACCGUGGUCGCACGGUGCUGAUCUCAAGACAUCAAUCUAAACAGUUCGAGCAUGAACAUUUUCCAAAGCAUUGAACAUGCGCACUUUGAGAUUCAAUACACAUUUGUCAGGGUUUGCGGUUCUUUAGACAUGCCAUUCUAUUUUGAGGCUGGUCAAGUGCUGGUCAAGCUAGGUUUACUAUCUGCAAAACACACAAAUCCAACAUAGGCGAAUUCCACUGCAUAUGGUUGUUUUGUGAGGUUGGUGCUGGAGUCGUGCUGGCUGUGCAGUAGGACUGACCGAGAGAGAGGGUGCAACUUGUGCGUACACAAAAAGUUUUAUAGUUGCAUUCCCAAAUCAUGUCCAGGUGAUUCGUCUCUGCUUACUGCAGCCUCCAUUGCUGGCCACAACCAGAACUGAUGAUCCGGCUGCAGCGAAGAAGAAACAGUGGAGAUGUGAUGUGAUGCAAUGAUACAUGCCUUGUGUGGCAUGCAGAGC